AUGUCGGGCGCCCGCCGGUCGCGGAGGAAGGUGUCGGUCCGAGCCGAGUCCCUGGUGCCCGCCCCGCUCCCGCGGAGCAACCUGCUCAGCGCCCUGGAGGAGAAGCGGCGGCUACAGCUCAAGAAGUUCCUGCUGCACAGGUUAUUUUUUGUUGCCAAGCUAUCAGAAAGAGCAGACAGGCGAGACAUUACAGGUUACCAUGAAAGACUGUUUCAGAACAUAUUAAAAUACCACCUAGGAGAACCAGUCUCAGGUCUACUUCUCCUCUAUCCCAGCUCCAUUCUUCAUAUACUAGAGUCCUCCAGCGGCACAUUAUAUCAGAUCCUCCAAGAUCUAGCUUCUCUCCAGAAGCAAGGCUCCAGUGCUUUGUUACAGGAAAUUAAGAUUUUAGUGGUGUCCCACAACAUCCCAACCAGGCUCUUCCUGCAGUGGUAUGUCACAAUGGUGACAUUGCCUGUGACCUACCUAGAAGAUGUGACACAGUCACAGUCUGCAGAAGAGGUGGUCACUGAAUGUCUUACGCUCCUCCUCAAACUGGGAACAUACCUUUCAAAGACUUUCAAGGUGAGCAGUAAGGGACUGGGUGACAAUCUACACACCCUUGUUCCAGAACUUCUAAUCCCAGCAGAAACAAUUAACUACUUGUUCAAGGCAAAAGAAUUUAUGAGUCCGGAAGCAUUUCUGAAAAUGUAUAACAAUCCUUUACAGCCUGCCAUGGCUUCAGAAACUGUGUGGCCUACCCCUUGUCACUUGUAUCCAUGAUACACCCGACUAAAGUACUUCCUCCUUAGCAUUAUGUCAUGUUUUCAUCAUUUACAAAACACACACAGAAUUCAAGGGGGCCUUGAAGGGUAACAAAGUGACCAAGCUACCAUGAAUGCUGGAUAUACUUAUCUUUUAGAGACAAUACACUUUUAACCUGACAUU